AUGGAAAAGGGAACAGACAGAAUGGCCGCCGCGGCGCCCGCUCCUCCCGCCGCCGCUGCCGCCUCGCAGUGCCGGAGCCCCCGCUGCACGGCGGAGCGCAGGGGAGUCCGCCGCGAACUCGACUCCUGGCGGCACCGGCUCAUGCACUGUGUGGGUUUUGAAAGUAUUUUAGAAGGGCUUUAUGGACCAAGGCUACGAAGAGACCUCAGCUUAUUUGAAGACUGUGAGCCAGAAGAGCUAACUGACUGGUCUAUGGAUGAGAAAUGUUCCUUUUGUAAUUUACACAAAGAAACAGUCAGUGAUCGUGCAUCAGUUAUCGGUUCUUCACAGUCGACGCCUACGGAGGAACUGUCAUCUCAGGGCCAGUCCAACACUGAUAAGAUUGAAUGCCAAGCAGAAAAUUAUCUAAAUGCACUCUUUCGAAAGAAAGAUCUUCCUCAGAACUGUGAUCCUAACAUUCCCCUAGUUGCUCAGGAAUUAAUGAAAAAGAUGAUCCGUCAGUUUGCGAUUGAGUACAUUUCAAAAAGUAGCAAAAUUCAAGAGAACAGAAAUGGUUCAUCAUUUGAACCAAGUCUGAUAUGUAAAAGUAUCCAAAUGAACCAAACGGAAAACUCCCUUCAGGAAGAACAGGAUAGUCCUCUAGACCUCACUGUGAAUCGAACUCAAGAACAGAAUACUCAGCAAGGGGAUGGAGUGCUAGAUCUCUCUACCAAGAAAAGCGCAAGGUUGGAAGAGUCAAAAUACGAUCCAUCGUGUUCUGAAAACUCAGUGUCUGGGAGACUACACAGACACAGAGAGGACUAUGUGGAAAGAAGUGCUGAGUUUGCAGAUGGUUUGCUCUCAAAAGCUUUGAAAGACAUUCAGUCUGGAGCACUGGACAUAAAUAAAGCAGGCAUACUUUAUGGCAUACCUCAAAAAACUUUACUUCUCCACUUAGAAGCCUUACCAGCAGGAAAGCCUGCACCUUUUAAAAACAAAACUCGAGAUUUCAAUGAUAGUUAUUCCUUUAAAGACAGUAAAGAAACUUGUGCAGUCCUACAAAAAGUAGCCUUGUGGGCAAGAGCUCAAGCAGAGCGCACAGAAAAAAGUAAACUCAGUCUACUUGAAACCUCAGAAUUAAAAUUCCCAACAGCUUCCAGUUACCUCCACCAAUUAACUCUACAGAGAAUGGUCACUCAAUUUAAAGAAAAAAAUGAAAAUCUUCAAUAUGAAACUUCAAGUCCUACUGUACAAUUAAAAAUUCCUCAGCUAAGAAUAAGUUCUGUAUCCAAACCACAGUCUGAUACUGCUGGUCUUCUGGAUGUUAUGUACCACGUUUCUAAAACCUCCUCAGUCCUAGAAGGAUCAGCUCUUCAAAAAUUGAAAAAUAUACUCCCUAAACAGAACAAAAUUGAAUGUUCUGGAGCUGUAACUCACUCAAGUGUUGAUUCCUACUUUCUGCAUGGGGACCUCUCUCCUUUGUGUCUUAAUGCUAAGAAUGGAACAGUAGAUGGAGCCUCAGAAAAUACGGAAGAUAGUUUGGAUCGUAAAGAUAAUAAGCAGCCAAGGAAAAAACGUGGCCGCUAUCGGCAGUAUGAUCAUGAAAUAAUGGAAGAAGCAAUUGCAAUGGUAAUGAGUGGGAAAAUGAGUGUUUCCAAAGCACAAGGAAUUUAUGGGGUACCUCACAGCACUUUAGAAUAUAAAGUAAAAGAAAGAUCUGGAACGUUGAAGACUCCGCCGAAGAAGAAACUCCGAUUACCAGAUACUGGCUUAUUUACUAUGACAGAUUCAGGGACUGGCAGCUGCAAAAAUAGUAGCAAGCCUGUGUAGAAUAAUUGUUAGCAAAUUGUUCUGUGUGUGCGUGUGUGUGCGCGUGUGUGUGCGUGUGUGUAUGUAUGUCUUUAUACACACACUGUGUGAGAAAUACAUAUGCUCACUCUGACAGAAGACAUGAAAUUAUACAGUUCAAAAAACCACAUACAUGCCUUUUGAAAAUAGUUUUAUUCAGGGUUUUCACUGUGGACAGAAUUAUAGAGUUGCUCACUUAAUUCUGAUAGUGUGUAUUUAAUAUAAUCCUUGUAUAAAUAGGUGAAAAGAUUCAGGUUUUAUUUAGUAGUCAAUAGCAUAAAGAUGUUUCGGGGAAAACAAGUAUUUGUCAUGUGAAGCAUAAUUUUUUAUUGGUAAAGAACCACUGUACCCAUUCAACAAACCAUCUUAUUACGGAAAUAUAUGAUCAAGGGUUUGCAAAACUUUUAUACUUCACAAAAUACUUGCAAUAAAUUGUAAGUAACUCAGAUUAUACAAAUCAAGGGAUUUUUUUUUUUUAAAGAGCUAGUUCCUUAAAAGGAAGUGGAUUUGUGAAGUAUUAGUAGGAUAUAGUACAUUCUGUGAAAGAAAAAAAAAUUCUCAUCAAUACUUAAAUAUCCAAUACAAGUAAGAAAUAAACAUUUCAUUGAUAAAAAUGUAUGUUAGCAGUCAUAAACUGCAUUUUUUAUCAUUUUAAGAGAAUUUUGUUGGUGGUUUAGCAGGAAAUUGGUGUUUACAAAAUGUACACUUACGAAACCUGAGAAAUUACUGUAGUUUUAGAAUUAUUAAAUAUGAAAUAAGAUGGAAUACUAAGAGCAUAAAAUAAUUUAAACUUUAUUAACAUAAUUUUCCUUUUUAGUUUGAAAAAUAAGGUAACUUGUAAGGUUUAAGAAGAAAGCUGGAAUGCAACUUAGAGCAUGUUCAUAAUGUGCACAGAAUGAGCUUGAGAAUGGUUUUUUGGUUUAAACGUGCUGGUUAGUUGAUGUUAUGACUACUUAAAAUUUAUUUAAGGAUUGUGUCACACUCCUAUUGAAAAACCUCACUGUAACUGUAAUGUAUUUGCUGCUGACAUUUCAAAACAUUUUCAGUUUAUCGAAAUGAAAAACAACUUACAUUAUCAUUUUGCUAAUAACCAAAUUUGCAGUUCAGGGUCUUGAUAGAAAAACAAAUAUUAAACAGUGAAGCUGUUUUGAACUUUCAGUAAUAUAAAUUCU